GGGAAUCGCAGAUUUCAGCGCAUCGCCCUGAGGCCGAGGACUACACAUCCCAGGAUGCCCCGCACCCGGCUCCUCUAACUUAGACACCAGUGUGCCGCGCCUUGUGCGCACAUUCACUAGCCGGCCUACUGGGUCGGUGGCUUCUCGGUGUAGCCUUGGAACCGGGCGGAAAGACGCUCUUCUCCCUCAAGAGGAGAUGACAGCCCACAGAGAAUUAACUUCUGUUUACACGGAACUCAGAAGUCUCCUGCAAAUCAUGAUCUCAAAGCCAGAGAAUGGCAGGUGAACAAAAACCUUCAAGUAACCUCCUGGAACAGUUUAUUUUACUAGCCAAAGGUACCAGUGGGUCAGCCCUUACUGCUCUCAUAAGCCAGGUGUUGGAGGCUCCUGGAGUGUACGUCUUUGGAGAACUACUGGAGCUGGCCAAUGUUCAGGAGCUUGCAGAAGGAGCUAACGCUGCUUAUUUGCAGUUGCUGAACCUGUUUGCCUAUGGAACAUACCCGGACUACAUAGCCAACAAGGAGAGCCUGCCAGAACUGAGCACAGCCCAGCAGAACAAGCUGAAACACCUCACCAUCGUGAGCUUGGCAUCAAGAAUGAAGUGUAUCCCCUACUCUGUGCUGCUGAAGGACCUGGAGAUGAGGAAUCUCCGGGAACUAGAAGACCUUAUCAUCGAGGCCGUCUACACUGACAUCAUCCAGGGCAAACUGGACCAGCGAAACCAGCUGUUAGAAGUGGAUUUCUGCAUUGGCCGUGACAUCCGAAAGAAGGAUAUCAAUAACAUUGUGAAGACCUUGCAUGAAUGGUGCGAUGGCUGUGAAGCGGUCCUGCUAGGCAUCGAGCAGCAGGUUCUGAGAGCCAACCAGUACAAAGAGAACCACCACCGCACGCAGCAGCAGGUGGAGGCAGAGGAGGCCCUGGGUUCCCACCCACCACUGUGCGUGCACGCGCACACAGCUGAGUGGAAGGAGGGUGCAGGUGACAGUGCACACGGACUUCAAGGCCCUGGUAAAGCUGUGCUGCUUACGUGGAUGGUUACCAACAUCAAGAAGACGCUGAAGGCCACCGCAUCCUCCUCGGCUCAGGAAAUGGAGCAGCAGCUGGCCGAGCGGGAGUGCCCACCACAUGUGGAGCAGAGGCAGCCCACCAAGAAGAUGUCCAAAGUGAAAGGUCUGGUCUCCAGCCGCCACUAGGGCCAGCCGGGGCAGCUGGCACUCACCAGGCCUGGGUCCGGUGGGGAGGGCCACCGUGGGCUGUUUCCUCCCCUCUACCUGCAAUGAGUUCCAGACCUGCCCACGCCUCACCAGCGCACCCCACCCAUGGGCACUGUUCCGGGAAACCAUUGCCCCCCACGCCCUCCUAUCCUGGUCCCUUCAGACUCAGGGGCUCCACGGAUGCCAUCCUUACCGGGCGGGCACUGCUGUCCCCUCCAGGAGGACCUUCCUCUGUGUGUGAGGCUGGUCUCCCUCCUGGUCAUUGUUUUGCUCUGUGUCCUUUGGUCGGGCUGGUGCUGAGCUGGGGCGCCUUUAACCAGCCCAUGGGGAUGAGCACACCGGGCUCUCCCUGCGCCAGGAGGGGCUUCUCCACCUGUCCGCGUACUCAGUUUCCACCAUGGAGCAGGCGCCCUCUGGCCAGGCACCCACUUGCCCUGCUUCCCUCUCUGCCUUUCCCUACUGGCAGUUCCAGUCCAUGCAGAGGGAUGUGGUGCUGGGCUGUUUACUAAACCUGCGGGUUUUCAGCCUCUUGAGCCCAGCUCAAUCCCUUGCUAGUGGCCGCGGGUUGGCCGACCUGUGUCUGAGCGGACGGAGGCUGCUGUGUGUCCCCCGUGUGCUCUGGUAGCGCGCAUCCUGCUCCCUCUGACUGCUCAGCCUCCUGUGGUCGUGGGUCCCCUGCCCCGGCCAGGCUGUCAGUGUGCUCCCAGGGUCUUAGGCUCCGGCUGCCCCUGGGCAGGGAUGGUGAAAGACUCGCUGCUUCUGUCUCUUCCCUCUGCCCUCCUUGGCUGGUGACCCAGAGCCCUGAUGACCAUGUACUCCUGGCCAGAGAAAGGACUUGACUAGACUUUCUAAACUUGAACAGUUUCAGGUUAUAUUUUAAUUUUUUUUUGUACAGGUUGAUUCUAAUACAUUUCAACAUGCUUUUUCCCCCCUUGUGUCAAUAUUUGUUACAGACUAAUCGCCGGGGAUUUUUCACCUGGUUGGAGGGUGGCAUGUGUGUAUGUGUGUGCGUUUUCUUUUGUUUUUAUAAGGGGAGGUAGAGGUCCUGGACUGAAUUAAAGUUCAUUGAGGAAAAAGCACAUUUUAGAACAAAAAAUAAAAGUGUAGAUUUGAUCUAUGUGACUGUGGAGUGUGGGGCUGCAUAGCUGGUGGGAGUGGGCGGGGAGCAAGGUGGUUUAGGGAACCGUCAUGCUAUCAAUACUGUGUUUGAAAAGUGGGCUUUUCCUUUUUUGAAAGUGUUCAGUAGCUGCCUGCCACUGAUUGAAUGUUUAAAGUAUUCUUGUUUCUCUUCCACAUGGCUCAUGUGGCUGUUCUAACACCAUGGCCAGGAGAGUUAAAUUUAAUUCCCAAAAUAUGUUUCAUGAAUCCUCUGGUCAGAUGCUCUAUGGAAAAGGGGUCCUGUUAUUAAAUAAAAGUGGCGCUCGCUCCCUGUAAGCCA